AUGGGAUUCGAUUUGAAGCUCGAUAUAUGGGUGCCCCAUUUGCUGACCGAGAGGAACAAAGUCAAGCGAAUUUCUGCUGCCGUUUCUUUACUCGGGCGGCUCGAAAACGACCCGUUUUUGGAUCGAUUAGUGACGGGCGAUGAGAAAUGGGUCCUGUACAACAAUGUUCAGCGCAAACGCACGUGGAAACAGGCAGGUGAGCAUGGUGACGCAAUGGCAAAGGCCAGUUUGCACCCGAUGAAGGUGAUGCUCUGUGUUUGGUGGGAUUGCAAGGGCAUAAUUUAUUUUGAGUUUCUCCCCGCUGGCCAAACGAUUGAUUCGGACAAGUACUGUCGCCAAUUAACCAAUCUGAAUCGAGCAAUCAAACAGAAACGUCCGAUUUUGUCAAAUCGCAAGGGCGUAGUCUUUCAUCACGACAACGCCAGACCACACGUUUCGAGACAGACGCAGCGCAAACUGAACCGCCUGAAAUGGGAUGUCCUAACUCAUCCACCGUAUUCUCCUGAUAUCGCACCAUCGGAUUAUCAGUUGUUCCGGCCAUUGCAAAAUGACUAA